UUAAAUUUAAUUGGCUAAAAUCUGAAUAAAAGCUCGUCCACUUCUAAAGCUUCAAUAUUGCAAUACUUUUGCACAAUGUCUUCCUUUCUUUCUUCUCUCCUUCUCAUUUUCAUUUUCACUUUCACAUCUCAACUCACCAUAACAAAACCAUUCCUAUAUUUAUGUGAUAACAGCAAAGGUAACUACACAAACAACAGCAUCUACCAUACAAAUCUCAAAACCCUUUUAUCAACUCUCACCUCCAACACACAAAUCCAACAUGGUUUCUACAAUUCCUCUUACGGCAAAAACACCGACAAAGUAAACGCUAUUGGAUUCUGCAGAGGGGACAUCAACCCCAAUGAUUGCCAAAGUUGUCUCAAAAAUUCAACAGAUAUUCUAACAAAAAAUUGUGUAAACCAAAAAGAGGCAAUUGGUUGGUACGAUGAUGAGAAAUGCAUGCUGCGUUAUUCAAACCGUUCAAUAUUUGGUCUCAAUGAAACGAGACCGUUUUACGUUGAAUGGAAUAUGAAUAACGCAACAAAUGAAGAUGAGUUUAAUGAAAAGGUGAAGAAAUUGUUGGAUGGUUUGAGGAACAAAGCUUCAUCCGGGGACAGUAACCUUAAAUAUGCAGUUGGAAGUGAUAAGUUUGGUCUGAAUAAUAAUGAAACAUUAUAUGGUCUUGUUCAAUGCACACCUGAUUUGUCUAAAACAUCUUGUGAUGAUUGUUUGGUUCAAUCUAUCAAAGAGAUUCCAAAUUGUUGUAAUAAUAAGAUAGGGGGUAGAAUUGUUAGACCUAGUUGUUUUUUGAGAUAUGAAACCAAUUCACUCUUUUAUCAAACCUCGUCCUCAUCAGAUUCACCAUCACCAUCUCCAUCAUCACCGUCGUCAUCACCAUCGUCCUCGCAGUCUUCAUCUUCAUCACCGUCGUCAUCACCAUCGUCCUCACCACCAUCACCAUCGUCAUCACCAUCGUCCUCACCACCAUCACCAUCACCACCGUCACCAGGGCCACCAUUCUCAGCUCCUCCUCCGUUUGCACAAAACAAUACAUCACCUCAACCUCAAGAUAAGGGCAAUACGUCAAGAAAUGUCGUCCAUAUAAUCCCGUUGAUGUUGUUUAUUAUAUUGUGCUCAGUGUUAUCAUCUUUUUGAUGAUAAAAAAUAUGUAGGAUUCUAUUUGAUUAAGAACAUGGUAAGCCAAGGAAAUAAUUUGAAACUAUAGUAUGUAUUUGCAUAUUGAAGAAAAGUCAAGGAAAUAAUUUGAAUUGUAUGUUGGUGCAGAUAAAUAGAGGCCAACAAUCUUAUCCCUAGUUUUAUAGUGAAAGUGUAAGAGAAAGAUAUAGAAAUAGCUAGCAGGUCUGGUUUUUUAAGAUAAAGAA